GAGAAGGAGAAAGAAAAAAUGGCGUUCACCUCUUUGGAGUUCACACAGUGUUGUUAGAUACAACGGCUAUCCGUGGGGAUGCCUGCAAUUACGAAAGACUUUCAGAUGGGCUGAAGUGAUAACAUUCAUAUUUGCAAUACACCAAGCGUGGCCUUAUAACUAAGCACUGUAAUACAGAUAUUUCCGCAUGGCUCCGGCUGUACAUCUCCUACAGAGCUGACAGGCUAAAAACAAACAUCUGAACUAAAUGGCAUCCUUCAACGGAGAUGGGAUAAACCAUCUGCUGGUUGAGGUGAGCCCAGACAUCCACAUCUGUGGCUUCUGCAAGCAGCAGUACAACAAUUUUGAAGUCUUUUUUGCCCACAAGCAAAGUUGUUGCCAAAUUCCCACGACAGACAUAUCAACCACUAAUGCAGGAGCUACUGAAUCCAUUCAAGGUUUUACCUUGGGGGAGGCUUUUCAGACAUGUGUAUCAAAGGUUGUCAAGAAGACCAUUACUAAAACCCAGAAAACACCCUCCAAAAAGCUGAAACCUGCAGUAGCUCAAAAGAGACACAUUUGCUGCUUCACAGGUUGUACAUUCAAAACACAGUAUGGCCAAAAAGACAUGGAAAGGCAUAUGCUAACACAUACUGGUGAGAGGCCUUUCGAGUGUGAGCUCUGUCACAAGCGCUUCAGCCGACGGGACAAGCUGAACCUGCAUAGCCGUUCACACACAGGCGAGAAGCCGCACAAAUGUAAGCACUGCCCGUAUGCUGCCGCCGACAGCAGCAGCCUGAAGAAGCACCUACGUAUCCACUACAACGAGAGGCCCUUUAAGUGCCAGAUCUGCCCGUAUGCCAGUCGAAACUCCAGCCAGCUCACUGUCCAUCUGCGCUCUCACACAGGAGACGCCCCAUUCCAAUGCAACCAGUGUGAUGCCAAAUUCAAAAUCAAUUCAGACCUGAAGCGGCACAGCCGGGUCCACUCGGGUGAAAAGCCCUAUAAGUGCGACCUCUGCGAGUAUCGCUGCGCCAUGAAGGCCAACCUGAAGUCACAUGUGCAACUGAAGCACGGUGCAGCCGGCUCAUACAGCUGCCCAGACUGUGACUUCCGCUGCUCAGCCAAAGCGGCCCUGCGCCACCACUCCCGCCAGCACCGGCCUGCCCAACCACUCCAGUGUGACCAGUGUUCAUACUCAUGCUCCAGUAAGGGCGCGCUCAAAGUCCAUGAGCGUGUCCACUCAGACGAGCGGCCUUUCAGGUGCGAGCACUGCGCUUUCACUAGCAAGCAGCGCAGCAACCUGCUCAUCCACAGGAGAAAGUGCCAUGGGGAGAAAGCCGAGAAGCGAGUAAAAGCAGGCAGGGGGGGCAGAGCUGGCCAGGAGCCGCUGCCCAAACCCCUUGGCUCACGGUACCGGGCCAGGCUAGAUGCAACUCGGCCAUUUCACUGCAACCUAUGCGAUGCCUCCUUUGUAAGAGAGGACUCGCUUCGCAGUCAUAAGAGGCAGCACAAUAAUAACACACAACAGCAGCAGAGCAAUGCCACAUCACAGUCACAAACCACAGCUAUGACUAAAGUACCUACACAGGCUGCAGGGCAGGUUUCAUUGACUCUUGCAAACAACUCAGCUUCUUCCUUUGGCAGCACACAGCUUAAGAUCAUUGUAGCACCCCCUCUGGGUCAGGAGGGUACAUUAAUCCAGGCGACAGUAGAUGUGCCCUCGUCUAAACCUGGUACAGUCUUGCUCGGUUCAGAAGGACAGGACAUGCUUUUGAACCCUGUAAUACAGCAAGUGAGUCUGCUAACACCAGUGCAACAUAUUGGCCCACCAGCAGAGAGCAGCCAUGAGCACCAGACAGUAUUAUUAACUCACAUCGGUCCCAGUGAAGAGGAAGGCCCUCUUCAGGAGAGUUUACUGCAGACAAAUGUUUCUUCUCAGACUACAAACUCUACUCAGAACUUUAUCAGCACAUGCUCAGUCCCCUCUUCAGACAGCAGCCACACGUUCAUCACAGCCUGCUCGGACCUGGACAGCCUGCACGCUCUCAUUCAGCAAGGCGGUACGGAGGUCACUGUGGUCACAGAGGACAACUGCUCCGUCGCCACGACGUCAGACUCCGGCUUCGGAGUACCCCUAGACAUGGACAGGCCUCAUCAGGAAAUGUCUAAGCAGCCAUGUGACAGGGUUUCAGAUGAAGAUGGUGGCUUAGUAAUGUCCAGCUUAGAUAUGGAGCCCUCUAGUACCCUUCUUGUACACAGCGUCCCCCUGUCCAUCUCAACUCAGGACCAACAGGCACCCAUAUACCAGCUCUCACCCCAUAAUAUCUUUUCAGACUCUAAUACAGCAGACAGCUGUGAGGACUGAUCGAGGCACAGAUGCUAACAUCUUUUUGUUUUCUAGUUUCAUUGACUUGUAUAUCAUGCCUGUCAUUUAAAGAUUCAUUUUCUUUGCCUGUUGUUUUUUUUUGAAAACAUGAGCUCUGUGUGAACAAUUCAUGACAAAUUGACCAAUAGAAAUGCUCAAAAAUAACUUGGAAUAAAGUAUAGUUACAUUAACAUA